AUGCACAGACGCAAGUCGCGCAGGCAUGUUAGGCUCACUGACGAGGCCGACAUAGAAUUUCCGGCCAUGUGGCCGGUGUGCGGAAGGCAGCUUGGGUCCCGCCUUUGGGCGCGUGCUGCAAGCCUUGGCAGGGGGCUUGCCACAGGCUCUGGCGAGAUCGAAGUUCUGACCGCAACCGCGGUUUCCGAGGUUUCCAAACUUGGCGGUGCCAUUGCCGGCCGCAUCCGUAAGGACAGCCGCACUUCAAUCCGAUGUGUCGGUCACCAAGCCGCCUUUCGAAGUGUCAAGGCGGUGGUGAAUGCCAGCGAGUACUUAAGCCAGGAUGACUCGGCACCCAAGGGCCGCAUGCUGGGCAUCCAAGUGGCUGAGAUGGACGGCCGAAGAGAAGGGGGCAACGAGCUGCGAUUGCAGAUUGGCCCCGUCAUGUUGCAAGACUCAGUCGCGGCCUCGGGCGCCUCGGACUCCUCGGGCUCCUCCGGCUCACGGUCCCACGACCUCCUCAUCAGCGGCAAGACCGCGCCGGGGAAGGCGGCGGCGGCCAUGGCGGCGGCGAUGCGGCCCAUGGGCGGCGGCCAUGGGAGGUGCCCGCUGGUGCGAGCCAUUGGCUCCAUGGCGGUGCAUCGCGCCUUGGUGACGGGCCACCUGGCCCAGAAGUACUUGGACAACGAUAGGCGAGGUGUCCGCUUCUGCCUCAUACCCUACUUCUCCCGUCACAUUGCCACGGAAGAUGGCAAAAAACAACUGGUUCUGAGAUUGCAGCACUUGCCUUCUGAAGCCAGCGCUCUGAAAGGUAAGGAUCCAGCAGGUAAGGCCUUGACCUGA